GUUAACAAGUUUUCUUCUUUUCCGGUUAUAAAGCUCUAGCCUCGUCUUUCAACUGCGCCUCUCUGCUUCUUCUUCUGCCUGCAACUCGCCAAUCUUUCUCUCUAUCCCUCUGCCCGAGAGAACGAAGAAGCCACCAACUCUCCAAUUGAAGACGCAGGAGAACCCUUUUCACAAUGUCUUCUCUACUCCAAAACGACGAUGCUGACCAAGACCUUUGCUCUGACGAUGACGAAAUCGACGAUGGAUUCAAUGAUGACAUUGAGGCCCUAAGGCGCGCCUGCACCCUCACCGGCACCAAUCUCAGCGACGUCAACAUUGACAACGGUGAGAAUAAUCGCUCUCUCUCCGCAGAAGGUGAUGGGGAUUCAUACAGUGGCGAGGGCGAGGAGGAUGAAGAUGAUUUCAAAUUAUUCAGAAUCAUACAGAAUCGUUUCUCAUUUGGGACUGAUUCGUGUGAGCCUAUCUAUUCAAAGCCUCUCUGUGCUUUUCCAUUGGAUUUCGACGAUGAGGAGGAUGACUUCGAGACUCUUUGUGCUGUUCGGAAGCGUUUUUCCGCGUAUGAUAACAGUGAUAUUUCAGAAGGAAAAUUGGAGAACUUGGCUGAGAAAUCAGAGGGUGUUGAUGCAUCUAGUGUAGUCUCGAAGUUAGUAACUUCUGAUGAUUCAGUGAUAGAUAGGACAGCUUGUAAAGUUUUUCCAGAUACUGAAGAAGGCUUAAAUAGCACCUUAUUAAGUGAUAAUAUGGAGAUACAGCCAUCUGGUUACAUUGAGCAGCAGCAUUCAUUGGAUGCUUGUAAGUUUUCAUCUUUGGGGCGAAAAGAUUCUUCUAGCUUCCCAAAGUCUGCGCAAGUAUUUAUUGAUGCAAUUAAGAAGAACAGGUCCUGUCAGAAGUUCCUACGGAAAAAGUUGGCUCAUAUUGAAGCAAGAAUAGAGGAGAACAAAAAAUUGAAAGAGCGUGUUAAAAUUCUUAGAGACUUUCAGGUUUCAUGUAAAAAAAUUACUGGACGAGCUCUGGCACAAGGGAAAGAUCCUCGAAUUCAAUUGAUAUCGACACCCAGAAUAUCAAAUUCUAGAGAUUCUAAGGUAAAUGAUAAAAAGGUCUCUACUAUGCAUAAUGGUCCACCGGAGAAUUCUCAUGUUGCUAGUUAUCGAAUGGCAUUGACAAAUUUUCCUCUUAAUUUAAAUCGGAAAAAUUGGACGGAGGCAGAAAAGGAAAACCUUCAAAAGGGGAUUAGGCAACAAUUUCAAGAAAUGGUGCUACAAUUUUCAGUGGAUCAAUUAAGUGGUUCAGAAGGAUCUCCUGGAAAUGUGAAUGAUUUGGAUGCAGUUCUCGCAUCAAUCAGAGAGAUGGAAAUUACCCCAGAAAGGAUUAGAGAGUUUCUUCCAAAGGUUAAUUGGGACCAAUUGGCGUCCUUGUAUGUUGUUGGUCGUUCUGGCGCAGAAUGUGAAGCAAAGUGGUUGAAUAGUGAAGAUCCAUUAAUCAAUCACAGUAAAUGGACUGCUGAAGAGGAUAAGAAGCUAUUGUUUAUUGUCCAGGAAAAAGGGAUGACAAAUUGGUUGGAUAUUGCAGCUUCAUUGGGGAAGAAUAGGACCCCAUUUCAAUGCUUAGUACGUUUCCAAAGGAGUUUAAAUGCUCACAUAAUAAAAAGGGAGUGGACAAAGGAAGAGGAUGCUCAACUUCGCAUUGCUGUGGGAACUUAUGGUGAACAUGAUUGGCAGUCUGUGGCUUCUACUUUAGAAGGACGGACUGGAACUCAAUGCUCUAAUAGAUGGAAGAAAUCCAUACAUCCAGGCAAUGGCAGAAAGGGGAAAUGGACCUUGGAUGAACGCAAGCGCCUGAAAGUAGCUGUAAUGCUUUUUGGUCCAAGGAACUGGAACAAAAUAGCUCGAUUCGUGUCGGAACGAACUGCACCACAAUGUAGAGAAAGAUGGGUUAAUUCUGAAGAUCCUUCUUUGAAUAUGGACAAAUGGACCGAAGAAGAGGAUUUAAGGUUAAAAGCAGCCAUUGAAGAAUAUGGAUAUUGCUGGGCCAAGAUUGCUAAAUGUCUCCCACCACGAACAGAUAGCCAAUGUAGGAGGAGAUGGAAGGUGUUACUUCCGCAUGAGGUCCCUUUGCUACAAGCAGCAAGAAAAACACAAAAAGUUGCAAUUAUAGGUAACUUUGUGGACCGUGAAUCAGAACGGCCUGCACUUGGUCCUCAUGAUUUUGUUCCAUUACCAAUGAUAACAUCAGCAUUUGAGCCUGAAAAACAGAAUCAAUCCAGGAAGCAUAAAAGGAAAAGCAGAGAAGGGGGAGUAUCUGGUAAGAAAAAAAAUGCUGCACCUGGCAAUACUUCAAAGAGGCUUCAAUCCAAAAGACCUAAUGAAGGAAUGCAAAUUUCUUCUGUGGAAGACCCUGGGAUAACUAAUGGCACUGAAGUUGCGACCUUUGGUGAGAGUGGUAUGGUUGUGACUAAAAGCAGUUCUUCAGAAAAGAAUCCUCAUAUGAAAACAUAUCAAGAUAUAGCUGAUGCCCAAGAUGGUGAUCCUAAAAAGAAGAAAAAACUUCCUAAAUUACCUCUGAAAAGAAAUAUGCUUGUUGAAAUCGCUGGCAACAGCCAGAGUUGUCUUUUAUCACACCCAGAAAGCUUGGAAUUAGGGAUAUCAAAUGUAGAUGGUUUGCAGACCUUUGGUGGGGAAAGUGAAACAUCAAGUGAGAAAAGAAAAGUUCAAGAACAGCAUUCUGAGGCAAACACAUGCACUAACACAGGUGAAGAAGAGGGAUCAGAACCUAUUACUGAUGUUAUUGAAUUGGACCAUGAUCAUUGUGAUUCAAAUGUCUUGGCAGUAAAUAUUGCUGAUCAGGAUGAAACAGUUGGUCAGCCUGAUGCUUCCAACAAGGAGGUCACCAAUCUAUCCUUAGAAGGGAAAGCAUUUAUGGAAUUGGCUGAUUCCAACUGUUUAACAUUGCCCCCUGAAAAUUUAGAAGCAAGGGUAACUAAUGCUGGGGGUGUUGAGAAGUCUUCUUUGGAUGGCAUCUCUUUGAUUAAGGCAAGCAAGGCUCCCAAUUGCACGAGUAAAAGCAGCACUGAACUAUCAGGGCAAUGCAAUUUUGUUGUGUCAAGUCCUUGUCACCAUGAUGGACAUAGAAAGUCAAAAUUGAGCAAAUCUUCUAAUAAGCAGGUUUUAGCGACGAAUGAUGAGGAUAAUGGUAAACUCGCUUCCUUUUGUCAAAAAAUAUCAAAAAAGAGAAGGCUCCGAGUUGAUAAAAAUGAUAAGCAGAUUUUAGAGACGAAUGAUGAGGAUGAUGUUACACUUGCUUCCUUUUGUCGAAGUAUAUCAAAGAAGAAAAGGGUUCGAGUUGUUAAAAAUGCAGAUCAGACCUGCCCUCCUUCUGAUUUGGUGUCCAAAAGAGUAUAUCAACAUGAUUAUCCAAAUAAAAUGCCAUCCUUCAUGCUAGAUGGUGAAGCUCAGACAUGCUACAGUGGUGGAUUUGCAGAAAAUGUUUUGUUAGAGGAACCCAGUGUGGUAGACACGGCCAAGACAGAUGCUCCCCAGGAGCCAAUGAGAAAACCGAUUAGCAUCGAUCAUGAUAGUGAUCUUGAGAUGAGUGACAUUACCCUUGCUAGCUUAUUGCAUAACAAACAGAAAAGGAAGGGUCAAGUUCUUGCAAAAAGCCGUGAUCAGCCACACUCUCUUUCCCGCAUGAAAAAGAGAUCAAGGCCGCUGGCCAAAGGGGUAGUACAAUGCUGCAAUGGUAGAAUGUUAGAAACUUCGUCAGGUUGUGAAAUACAGUCAUGUGGUACAAGCAGUAUACCAAAGAUUACAGGUGAUGACAAGGAGCCAGAUGGACAAGAUGUGGCUGAUUAACCAACCAUUCCCUGUCAGCUGGCUAGGGAAUCUGUCAUUGUAAAUGCUGAAGGAGUUCAUGAGGGCAAUGGUGAGCAAACACAGUUCCUCCCUCCGGGUUUUCAGAAACCUAUGUAAAGAAAUUUUCAUGCAGCUCAAAGAGGAGCUAAGUCUGAAUUUUGGUGCAGGUAGGACUUUUUGCAUAGAAGCUGAGGCUUGUGAAUUUUUGAAUUUAAUUAAUUAGACUUCGUUUUUUUUUUUUUUUUUUUGAAAAAAGAAAAGGACGGGGAGAGAGAGAGAGAGAGAGAGAGAGAGAGAGAGAAGAGUUUAAAGGAAUAUAAAGGAUUCUGCUAUAAGUGUAUAUACAUUUGCCAUUUAUCUCUAUGAGAUUCAUUCAUACUGUAA